GAGUUUACCGAGGGCUACGGCGGUUUGAACGCAGGGCCUUCCCUGUAUUUGCUUUCGCUGUGCGUAACUACGGAUGGUUUGUAAAUGGAGUCUAAGACAUUUUGCACCACACGUCUCGCGGAUUUCUCGGAGAAACUGGAUUUUAUCAACUGAAUCGCCAUUUCAAGUCGGCAGAAUGCCGGAUAAGGACACGGAUUUGCCUAGAAAUCUAGGGACAUUAUAGCCAACAAGACUGGCUCAUUCGGAAUUACCCGAUCGGACUGUUUCUUUGAUCAACUUUGGUCAUUGUGGAUGAUGGAUGGCCGAGACUUCGGACCCGCCAGAUCCGUGCACGUACCGCCGCCCCUGCUCUCGGGUUUGGCCAUGGAAUCACACCGACUCGGCGCGGCCGCUGCAGCCGGUAGAAUACCACCGUCUCCCGGUCACCUGGGCGCGGGGCACCCGGCGGCUCUACACACUGGAAAAUUUCUGUCGCCGGCCAUGAACAUGCAUUCUCACCACAGUGAUUCCUUCCCAGGUGCCUCAAGCCCAUUCCUAAGCGGAUACUCCUCCAGCGCUCAUGGGGGGCCAAGCCCUCUGUCCUCGGAUCCAGCCUUCCGAGCCCCCAACCCAGCCAGCCUACAAAUGGCCCAGCUCUGGGCGUCUCACCCUCAUGAAGGUUUCCCUCACUUGCCAAGCAGUCUUUACCCCAGCCCUUACAUUCCCUUGGGCCACCUUGAGCAUCCCCAGUUCAGCCAGCAUGCACUCUUUGACUCCCAAAAAGAGGGGUUUUACCUGCCAGGUUCAGUGCACUCCCAGUCUGCAAUGGCUAGGAGCCCAGUGGCUCACAUGCCUGGCUCCCUCUCCAGGGAAAAGGAGGCCCUACCUUCUCACAAAAGCUCUAAAGACUCAAGCAGGGAACUUGGUAAAGAGAAGCCCUGUAAAAGUGACCUAGGCCACUCCCUCCAGAGAAAGGAACGAGAGAGGCCAAAAGAGGAGUCACGGCCCCACAGUGUGGUGGACCUCACCCAGGAUAUCAAGGCAGAAGAUGAACGCAGAGCAGGCAACACAGAAAGGCCUGCAAAGACUACAGAGCACACUCGGCCUUUCUUUCACCAGCACUCGCCUGCUCUGAGCACCACGGACACUAAACCCAAACAACCUCACCAGAACUUACUCGGUAACUGCGGGACCAGCAGCAGCAUGCCAGAUCGACACCCAAGUACAGAACAGGAGAGGAGGGACAGAGAACGGGAUGAAGAAAACAGCCGAACAGGGGGCCAAGUUUUCACCGACAAACAGAAAAGAUGUGAUUCAGUUGCUACAUCAGUUGGCACUCUGCAUGUGUCGUAUGGCAGUCCCUCUUCCCUGCAGUCCAACCAGUCCCAUCUCCCGCCCAGGCUGGUGUCCUCUGGUACCUACCCUCCCCCUCACCACAUGCCACCCAGCAUGUACCCGCUCUACUCUACAACUAAAGAGCCAGGCAAAGAACACAGAGUGAUAGCUCCUACUUAUGUGCCUUCUGUUGAGGUUUACGACGAGCGAAAAGGGCCAAUUCAAAUUGCCUCCCAAGCUCGAGAUAAUAAAAAUGACAAGAGCAGGGAGAGGGACUCGCACAGAUCAUCCCUGCUGUUGGGUAAUGAGAGAACACAUAUGGACCAUAGUCGGUCCUCUGUUAGAAGUGAGUCACCCCCUCACGGGGACGUCAAGAGAGAUGUUUUACGAGAGGAAGGGUCGGUAAUUAGGUCAAAUGGUUUGGCCAUGAAGAAGCCCCUGUAUUUAGAAGGUUCCACAAAUAAAUCUGGAAACAGCCCAGAUGCCAGGGACUUAACCAACACUACAUCUAAACACAUGAUCCAAUCGAGACUUGAGGCUGAAUCCCGCAGCCAAGAGCGAGACAGGUUACAAAGGUCUGCCCAUCCAUUCUCUGGAAUGGAUCCAGGUGCACUUCAUUCAGAGCAACGCCCGAUGAGGGGCUUGGUUUCUGCUGAACCAAAAUGGAAACCUUUCGAGAUGGGGAAUUAUGCUACAAGCCACAUUGCCGCAUUGGCUGCCCAGCACACCCAUGGCACUAGAGGUGAGGAAGAGGGCAAGCGGAUGUACCUGGACACUACAGGCUUGCACAGGCCAGUGGGCAGCGGUGGAAGCCCUGAGGGACAUGGGGAAGUGUCAGCAAUGCAAAGCCUCAUCAAGUACAGCGGCAACUUCUCUAGCGAGUCUGGCUCCAGGCAUGGUUCUGACAGCCGCAGUCCAUUUGGAGGGCUGGGCAGCAUGAAACUGGAGGCCAGUUAUCCCGGAGUGUCCAGAAUUCAGCAUCUUCUGCCCCAACAGCCUGGAAAACAGUUAAAGAAAGAACCUGAGAGACCAGAGAGUGCCAAAUCCUUUGGCCGAGAUGGAAGCUCUUCUCAGGGGGAAGCGGAGGUUCGGCAUCCCCCAGUGGGCAUCGCAGUGGCGGUUGCUCGUCAGAGGGACAACAGCAGCAAGCUCAGCUCUGUAUCAGACAGGGACCGUCCUCUUCUUGGAGGAACCAUCAAAGGCCCAAUUCAUGUAGACGAGGAACAAGGAGACGAGAGGGUGCGUCACCGCAGCGAGCGUCUACUGUCGGGACGUGUGGAGCGAGAGCAGGAGAAAGUGUUAAGAGAGAGCAAAGAGUUAGCUGACUAUACCCAGUUGCAUCCACCAAUGGUGUCUGCUAGCGGACUGAACCCCAACCUAAUGGUGACUGGAGGGCCGACUCUGGCUGGUGCCGGCCGCUGGCCUGCUGACCCCGCCUCCCACCUGGCCUCCCACCCCUGGCUGCCCCGCCCUGGAGCCCCCUCCAUGUGGCUGUCUGGCUCUCCAUAUGGACUGGGACCCCCCUCCCUUCAUCAGGCCCUGCCUCCAGGAUAUUCUCCUGCCUUAACGGGCUCCAUCCCCCCACCGUACCAGUUUGCUCGAGACCCACAAACCGGACAGCUGGUUGUUGUUCCCACAGAGCAUCUGCCGCACUAUGCUGAUAUGUUAGAGCGAGGCCCCCCGCUGUGGUCAGCCAUGUACCCGUCGGCAGGAAGUUCUCUGCAGCAUGCCCAUCAGCUGCAGCUCCUGUCCCACCAGCAGCUCCUGCGCCAACAGGAGCUCUACAUGAUCCAGCACCAGACCGCACAGGUCAUGGAACUGCAGAGGAACGCACAGUUAGUGGAGAGGCUUAAUGCAAGUCACCCGAGGGCAGAUUUGGAGGACAAACCAGACAAGAGAGGAACCGAGGGGACCAAAGCCAGUCUGUCCGGCAUCCCCGCUCCAUCCCUGCACUCACGCAAGCCUCCCUUACGCUCCCCAACCCCCUCCACCUCUUACAGCAAAGUGCUGACUCCCCUGCCUGUCACGCCGCUGCCUUCACCUGUCACUGCACUGAAGUCUGAGGAGAGACGCAAGGUGGAGAAGUCCCUUUCUCAGCAGACCUACUCGCACCAGUUAUCUCCUGCUCCACACCCAGUCAGCUCUGCUUCUGCCUCACCCCAUCCUACCUCCCCCAUCCGGCCUAAAGAGGAGACUGUGGAAGUGCCUGAGAAAGAAUCACUUAGUCUACAGAAGCAAGCAUCUUCUCCCUUCCCAUCCAUGUACCCUGAAAUUCCUCCCGGCUACCCGUACCAAUCCAUAACGGCUCCGUUCGGUAGCCAUUACCCAUACCUCCUCCAACCGGCUGCUGCCGCAGAUGCUGACGGCCUGGCACCAGAUGUGCCAUUGCCGGCGGAGACCUCAAAGCACUUGGAAAGCGCUGCAGAUGUCAAACCCCGGCACUUGUGUUCUCCAGUGGUGGUGGAACCACUGCAGGCUUCCAGAGAUCCAGAGUCCAUGGAGGAGAGCAGCCCACAAUUGAAAAAAGAGCCAAGCUUGGAGGAAAACAAAGACACUCUGACACAGGAUGUCCUGAGGCCCCUCCACUCGGUCAGCGGUGCUGCAUCGAUUACGCCCCAAGACUCUAGCACCACUAUAGAGGCUGAGGCCCACCCUAGAUCCACAGCUACACCUGAGAAUGAAGAAAACCAGGAUGGAAAAGAGGCCAUCAAAGUCGAAGUGUCCUCCUCAAGCCAUCCAGGGUUGUACAACACAUCAAGAACAGACUCUGAAAGAAUCACCACAGCAGAAGCUGCAGAAAGCUCAGUCGGUCUUGAAGACCAAGCCUACAAACCCUCAUCGAGUCACACCGAUGUGUCUUGUGACGUCCAGCUAGAAUACCCACCCUUAGAUCUUUCUGAUAGACUAAAACCGGUAGAGCUCCAGGAGCCUGCCCCUGAUGCUCUAGACCUGGUGUUCAAACAUGACGAUCUAUUCCUCCCUUACAACAGUCCUCCUCACCUUCAGCCCUCUUCCGCACCAGUGCCCAUCCUACCUGAAGACCCCAUGGCGGGAAUGAUCGCCCUGGUCACGGCCAGCGAGCUCCCGCAGGCUGGAGCCGUGUCCAUCCUCACAGAGGCGUGUAGCUCUAGAUCUGAACUCUGCCUGGGCGUCAGUUCCCUAGAGUCCACUGCUCUGGAGGGCAUGGCCCUGCUCAGUCAGAUUGCAGAGCUGGAGAUACAGAGGCAACCCAGAGAUAACACACAGGGCGUAAUGCUCUGUGGGCUGGAGAGUCUGCUGGAAGCUGGCAGGCAGGUCCUUCUGGAGGCCAUUGAAUGUCAACCUGAGGUUAUCAUCUGCCUCCCACGAGAGCUCAAUCCUAACAAGAAAUACAGCUGGAGACAGAAGAAAGAUGAACCUAUGUUCUCCAGGUCUUCUUUGAAGGGAAUGGAUGCUGUGGAAGUGGACUACCGCGUGAAACUCACCAAGCUGCAGCAGCGUUACAAGGAAAAGCAACGAGAGCUGGGCAAACUGCAGAGACGGAGAGAUAAAGAAGAGAAACGUCAGCAGCAUCAACAGCUCCAGCAGGAGAGGAACAGGAGUUUGGCCCGCAGGGGCCCGGGACGUCCCCGAAAAAGGAAACACGGCUUGUGCGCACUCUCUCCACCCUCUGGCAAGCUGGACUCGAAGUGUGCAAAGUUGGGUAGAAGUGUGCUGUACUCUGAGGACUCUGAGAGUGGUGAGGUGCUGAGGAAGCGCUUUCGGCCCUUUAGUAGAAAUGGGGAGGAAGAGGAAGAUAGCAGUGCUCUGAGAUUGAAGAAGAAGAAAAAGAGCUGGAGUGAGCAAGAGGCAUCUUCAAGCUACUCUCACGAGUUGACUAAAAUGGGCAUGAAGAAGAGCCGAGUGAGCGAGCAGGAGCAGUUGGCAUCCAAACUUGACAAGGCCUUGUCUCUCACUAAGCUGGUUAAACUUGGCAAGCCCUCUUGUAAGUUUGCGGACGGUUCCUCAGGGAAGUCCAGGGUGAGCUCUGGAAGCAGGAUCCCCUCGCUCACUGACAUAGACUUGAGAGUCAAGACUGGGAAGUCAAGCCUGUCGAAAAAUUUCGACAUCUUUCACAAGUCCUCCAAAGGAGGUAAAAGUAAAAUUGCCACCAAAACCAAGUCUUCAGAUCCAUGCCUUAAGGGGAAAUGCCAGCGGAAAGUACCUUAUUCUCCACUGAGGUCAGAAAUCAGCAGCUAUUCUAACAUCACAGAUUCAGAAGACGACGAAUCGCUGAAGGAUGGCUGGCCUCCCAGCUCGAUGCUGGGGAGAACAGUCCCACGUCCACAGCUCCCCAGCCUGUGCAGCACUCCAUCCAAGAAAAACUGCUCUUCGUCCAAGAGAGCCUCUUCGUCAUCAUCAUCAUCAUCACUCAAGUCCAAGCAGGCGGCCAAAGAGAGGAAACAUAAGCACUUUGCUUUAUUGCUACAGGAGGCAGGAGUCAGCUCCUCCGAGGACUCAUUUGAUCAAGAGUAUCUCACCGAGCGAGAUGAUUACGAGGAUGAUGAUGACAAUGAUGAUGAUUACGAGCUUGAUGAGAGUGACGGUCUGUGUUCAUCCAUAGAAGAGAGUGGGCUUGGUCUACUGGCCCGCUUUGCCGCGAGCGCCAUCCCGAGCCCCAUUGUCCCCAAUCCGCUCUCCAUUGUCCAACUGGAGGCCAAACAGAAAGCCAAGAAAAAAGAGGAAAGGCAGAGCCUUCUCGGUACAGAAUUCAAGUUCACUGAUUCUGAGAGUGAUGUUAAGGCAAGAAAGAAGUUCCCAUCUCUUUUGCACGGUAAGCGGUCGGCUCCCGAGCUCCCCCUCCUACCACCGGCGAGUGUCAUGCGUGAAGAGUUCAGCCCCAGCAAGCGUGGGUGCAAGCCGAAGAAACCCAAGUCCCUGCGGGAGUUCACUUUCGACCUUACUGCAGACGGAAGCGAAGAUGAACAAUGGACACGCCGGAGAAGUGAACGCAUCUUCCUCCAUGAUGCCGCCCAGGCCAAUCCUAUCUCGCCGUCCAACAAAACUCCUCUUCCGUUCACUCCCAAACCUGCCCGGGGCCCCAAACCAUCCCAGCAGAGCCCUAAGGAGCUGGCCAAAGCCAAGGAGGGGAAAGACCCCAACAAGAAGAAAAGGAUUAAGGAGACCCCCCUGUGUCUGCCCCCAACACAGCUCUCUAGUAUACCCACUGAGAACGCAGGAGCACUCCCAGUCUGUCCAGGGCACAAGAGCAAGGUGAAGCCCAAAGCUAGAGAGGCUCGAGGGAAAGGCGGCGCUGUCAGUAAACUGAUGGAAAGUAUGGCUGCUGAUGAGGACUUUGAGCCUAACCAGGACAGCAGCUUCUCAGAGGACGAGAAUCCCCCUGUGAACGCUCAGCCUGAAAGACCCUGCACCCCUGCCCCCCGGAACUGUGUCAUUAACAAAGAUGAACUGCAGGAUGGACUACGGGUCCUCAUCCCUAUGGAUGACAAACUCUUGUACGCCGGACAUGUCAGCACCGUUCACUCUCCUGACAUAUACAGUGUGGUGGUGGAGGGCGAGAGGGGGAACAGGCCACAUAUCUACUGUCUGGAGCAGCUGCUACAGGAGGCGAUAAUUGAUGUGAAGCCCCCCUCUGUCAGAUACCUUCCCCAAGGGACCAGGAUUGCAGCCUACUGGAGCCAGCAGUACCGUUGCCUCUACCCUGGCACGGUCGUAAGAGGGAGCCCAGACAUGGAAGAAGCGGACGACUUGAUCACAGUGGAGUUUGAUGACGGAGACACUGGGCGGAUCCCAAUCUCGCAUAUUAGGUUGCUGCCGCCGGACUACAAGAUUCAGUGUGCAGAACCAUCCCCUGCCCUCCUUGUGGCCAGCACUAGAAGACGAGGAAGGAAAUGCAGUAAGGAUGUUCAUGAGGGCAAAGAGACGCCUCCCAAAAGCACUGAGGAGUCUGUCCCAAAAAGUAGGGGUCGAGGGAGAAAACCCAAACCAAAGCCUGAGCCUGAAGUCACUCCAAAGGAGCAUGAAAAGACUGACACACCAGCCCCAACGCAGGUCCCCGAGAGGCCCCUGUCCAGCCAAAAAAGCGUCCCACAGCCAGGUAGAAAAAUUAAGCAAGCCGGCCCCUCCAUCUCCGUAUCAAAUGAAAGCCAGAAGAAAACCACAGGAAUCAAGCCCCCAGCCAAAGUGCGUUCCCAGCCUCAGUCUGUCUAUUCUCCACCACUCUAUGGAAAAGUUCUGUCUGUGGAUCUCUAUAAUGAGCCCUCCACUUCUCUGGCCUCCUUUAUGUCCAACAAUGGGACUGCGAGUCCCGCAGGGAAAGGAAAGCCAGUGAAGCGCUUGCGAAAGGCAGAGGAGGAGACAUCAGCGUUUGGUGUAAAAAUGCAACGCAAGCAACCUCAAACUGAAAUCCUGAUCAAACUCGACCAUGAAGGAGUCAUGUCACCCAAAACCAAGAAGACCAAAGCCUUGAUGAUGAUGGAGGGCCAGAACCUCUCCAAACAUGAGAAUAAGUCAGUAAUGGGUGUCAGCUACAUGACGGUAUCCACCACCACUGAAAAAACAUUCAAAGCAAAGACCAAGCCAGUUGAGGCAGAGCCCCCUAAUGCUGAGAGCGUGUCCACCUACAGCGUUCGUAAACUGGGAUGUGGCAGUGAUGGUCUGAUGAAUGUGAGCAACUCUGGGGAUAAGGAAAAGAGGGAGCAAGAGUGUCCCAACUGCAGUAGUAGUAGCAGUAGCAGCUCUGAAUCCGAUGGAGAAGAGCAAGGGGCCUCCCAGGACAAGAAGCCCAAACAAGACUCCACCAGCUCCAACAGCUCACGGGCAUCAAGCCCCACCUCGUCCAGCACUUCAACCAGCAGCUCCUCAUCCUCAGCCGGAUCCCACUCUUCCUCCUCUUCAUCAUCAUCCUCCUCCACCACAAGUGAUGAAGAAUCCUCCUGCAGCUCAGAUGAAGAACAUGUCACUGUUUCUCAACCAUCUCCUGUGGAGCAGGUGCCACCUCAAGAGGAGGAAGAGAAGACAAAGGCAAAAGCAGGGCUUUCAGCCAACAUCCAUAAGAUCCAGAAGCAACAUUCUUCUACCACCCAACAGGAACAGUGUCCCCAGCAACAAAAGCCCCAGAAGCAGCAGAAGGUGAAGCAGGGUGUUGGUCGCCCUAAAAGACGUGAGGGAAUCCACCUUCCAACAACUAAGGAGUUGGCAAAAAGACAAAGACUACCCUCUGUAGAGAACAGACCUAAGAUCUCAGCUUUCCUUCCUGCCAGACAGCUAUGGAAGUGGUUUGGAAAGCCUACUCAGAGGCGGGGAAUGAAAGGGAAGGCAAAGAAGCUUUUCUACAAGGCCAUAAUGCGUGGGAAGGAAAUGAUCUGUAUUGGAGACUGUGCGGUGUUCCUGUCUGCUGGACGACCCAACCUCCCCUUCAUUGGACACAUCCAGAGCAUGUGGGAGUCCUGGGGAAGCAACAUGGUGGUCCGGGUCAAAUGGUUCUAUCAUCCAGAGGAGACAAACCCUGGAAAGAAACUUCAUGACAAAAAGAACUGGGAUCAAAUGUCUGGCCAAAGUCUUCCUGCUGUUCUGCAAGCUUCCAACCAGAGGAAAGACUUCAUGGAGCGAGCGCUGUACCAGUCCUCUCACAUUGAUGAGAAUGACGUUCAAACCAUUUCUCAUAAAUGUCUGGUGGUCAGUCUAGAGCAAUAUGAGCAGAUGAUUAAAACAAAGAAGUACCAGGACAGUGAAGACCUUUACUACCUAGCAGGCACUUAUGAACCCACCACUGGAAUGAUAUUCAACACAGAUGGGGUUCCAGUCAUCUGCUGAGGAGCAACAAAUGAGACAUAUGGACAUAAGGAAUGAGAUACCAGACACAAGGGCUUGACAGAUUUGGUGGUUUUACUCAAAGUCCAACUAAUCCAACAAGUAUGGAAAAUGUUCUGACAAAGACACACACAAGUGGCUGAGAUUACAGUCACUACCUGACUUAAGACUGCUUUAAGAGAUGUCAUACCUGUGACAUUCAUUUGAUGCUUAAUGUUUUCAUUCAACGGUAACUUGGUAUUGUAGAACUCAGUAUUGUAGAAAUUAUGUAGUACAGAUUCGGAAUUUGACAUAAAACAUCUUGCCCGUUUAUGGAGCACCUUGUGUUGGUCACUCUUGCUUGAUCUGGUGAUGUGAAUGUGGUGGACAAAUUAUUUCUUUGGACUUCUGCAGUUAAAGAAUCUCUGUUCAAGAAAGUAGAGAGGAAAAUGUGUCAAAGAAAGCGGAAACGUGUCAAACGCAUCUACACAGCUGAGCCCUUUCGUCUCACCCAUCACCAGUGCAGCUGGAAUGGAUGUGACUCCACUUCUACGGGACUCAGUCUCCAGGGUGAGAGGGCCUGCUUGAAACCAGCUUCCUUGGCCCUGGGACCAAUGCAUGGGAAGAGUAAUUUAAGCUGACAGGGCAUGUCACACUUGCAGUUCCUAUCUGCCCAGAGAGCCAUCUUCACCACACGCUCCGCAGUCCAGUGUACUACUUCUAGACCCCUGCAAGUACUCAAAGGGACAAGGUCUGGCUAAUGAAUUUGGACAGGUAAAAUAAUACCAGACUUCUAGCUGCGGCCCACGUGAGGAGCACUUAAAUAAAAAGUCUCCCCCUUCCUCACAACCCAAGGACUGAACUGUGGUUUGCGCAAGUCUGCAAGAACGGUUUAUUCAGUGGAUAAAGUGAGUCACUUUUCCAACCAAGCAGCCCGAAAGAUCUAUCUGAAUAUUUAUAUGAUCAUUUCCCUCAGCCACGGAGGCCAAAAAGGUUUCUUUUAACGAGUCAAGGGCUCUACAGGGACGGUUGAUUCAGAGAAAUCAUGCAGAUGACCCCGUUUGUAAAUACAGACAAGCUACAGUAUAUACGAUAUGGACAAAUAUAUUUUAUUUUCGUGUAUCAGGUUUAUGUGACAGUACUUUUUUUAAAGCAGUAAAAAAUUAAAAAAGCUUUAAUAAACUGUGAAUAAAAUUUAAAACAUAAAUAUCAGGAACUAGUUUUAGCAAAAAGAUCUUGAAGUUGUUACUGGAACUGAUCUCAGAUGCCCACUAUGACGACGUAUGUAAUGUAAUCGUGAUAUCAAAACUACUAUUACAGGACAAAUGGUUUGUGGGAUUUGACCAUGUUCAGAGCCAGUUGUCCCAUAAUGCAGUUUUACAACAGAAAGCACUUAAAUUCUGCCCUUGGUCUUACACAGGACAGACUUCCCUUGACAAUCCCCCACGCAGGUGGGCUGGACAAAAAAAUGUUGUUCUCUCAUUGCUUCUCAGGGUCAGUGAGAGAUAGUGAGAUGGAGAAUGACAGUUUCAAAACACCAUGUAAUCAAGCUAUGCUCGCUUUUCGUAUCUGUUGUACUUGGCUUUCCUUUUUUUGUAGAAAUAUCCCCAAUCUUCCCCACAGAAAGCAAUUACAUGUCAUGCAUGAAAGCACUUUUUUAGAAUUAACAAAUAGUUGAGCAGGUCAGAGCAAAGGCACACGGCGACGUUAUCUGUUAGCGAAAGCUGAGGUAUUUUCGCCUCUCUAAAUCUGUUUCUUUCUGGUUCAUGGCCUUAAUAGCCUUAACCUUGGUCCCUAAAGGCUGCCGCAUGCUGGUAGAAUCAAAGUCUGAAUGUUGUCUUUGAAAAUAGGUCCCACUGAUUUAUAUUGUGUUCCAAAGAAAGUGCCAUCAGUCAUCAGAGGCUCUGGUGUGCUGUUAGGACCAGGCUACGGAUUUGCUGCUUCUUUAAUCAAGACCAGUCAAAUGUAUUUGAUUUAUUUGGCUUCAUUAUAUGCUGAGCUGGCUGAAGACACUGUUUUUCAGCCUUGCUUUUAUUUCUUAAUUAUGAUUAUGGUUCUUUAUUUGUGCCUCAUUUUUAUGGUUCAACGGAGGUAUGAAUUUUUUUUUUUUUUUUUUUUUUUUUUUUUUUUAGUUUGAAUGUGUUUGUUGAAAAAAUGUUUUGUUAGAUGCUGGCAAGGAAAGUGUUCUUGUGCAUUUCACAUGGUUUUAGGCUGUAAUGUAGAAAUAACAGUUAUGCUAUCUGCAUUGAUUUUUUUUUAAACAUGUAUGGUUACCAGGAUAUAUUCAAAACACAAGGUUAGAAGCCUCAUUUGAUUCAAUAUUUCUGCAGUUGCCUUCUUGUUCAGUCUACGUCUUUUUUUCUCUCCAUUAUAUCCAACCACAUUUUUUAACUUUGUAUUUCUUUCUACCUCCCACCUUGGUUUAAUUUUUUUAUUUUAUAUUUUCUCUUAGUGGUAUUUUUACACUCAUGAAACGUCACCAGGCGUGGGCUUUUUAAAUCAUUGUCUGUUUUUACGUUUGUCAUGAAUACCCCAAUGACUCUGAAUGAUGUUUAUUUGACUCUUCCUGAUUCUUUGUUGUUUUGUUUUUAUUUUCCCCCUGUUUUUGUGGGAGUAUAGAGAGAUCAAGAAGGGUAUGGACACUAAAUAAUUCCAGUCUUAGUGAUUGGAAAAAUAUUUGGCCUACCCAGUAUUUCAGAAUUUCUUCUACAUCUUAGAAAUGUGUUAACACUAUUACAGAUAGUAUAACGGUAAUGAUUGAAAUAUGUCUUAUGUCUGAAUUUUUAUGUACAUUUCAUAACAUUGCCCAAUCUCUCUUAAAGAGAUGAUAUCUUGUUGAUAUUCAAUAGUUUGUAUUUCUUAACAUGUUUUAUCAUUGUGUAUGGUGUCUUGAGGUUUUGAACAAUAUUCAGCCUAUUCCGAUUCAGGCCGUUUUUGUUUUUUUAGUCACAUAAUUUGGUUGAGGAUUUUACACAUACCCAAAGCCUAUUCAAAUGCCAAAUAAUCUUAAAAUGCACAGAGAAUCUGACGCAACAUUACACAAGCUGAUUUGAUUUGACAUGAUCUUUGAAUACAAAAUGUAUUUUGUGUUGAAUAUUUGCCUGUUUAUUGAACUGUACAAUUUAAGUGCCCCUGAAAACAAACGUUUACUCUGAGCUUGAGUCAAGCUGUAAAGCACUUUUUAGAGUAUUUUUGUCUGCAUGUUUUAGAAAUCGCAUAUAUGCUUCUAGGAAUAAUAUUAGAGCAAUCACAAAAAAUAUAUAUUUUGCUUAUUGUGACGUAGUGUAAAGUGAAUGGAGAUCAGAGUCCAUCCCUUUCCCCUUCAGGUCACUGUAUGAGACGGUGGCCUCUUCUUAUAGCAGUCAUGUGGGAUGAAUUGAUGAUGUCCUCUGCUACUUGUCCAGGGUCCGUUUGAGUGUCUUUUAUGAUGUAUAAGGUUUAACUGGCAUAUUAGAGAAAAUGGUGUAUAGCCGAGUAGAAGCUUAAUAGAGUUCACUGUUUGCAUGAUUCUGUUAAACUUUUUUCUUUUUGUUUUCUAAAUCAUUGUUUUAUUUCUUUAUGACAUUCCCCCUCUCAGAACAAUCGUCCUCCAUGCUUAAUGUGCAAUACUGCUGAAUUUGGAUUCUGUGAGGUAGCUGCUAGUGAGGGAAGGAACGUGUUCAUGAAUGUUGGAGAUGAGAGAGAAAGUUAUCUGCUGUUCUGCUGUUACUUCAGCAUUGGUAAGGUCCUGUUACAAAAAAAAUUUGUUUUUUUUAGAAAGCUAUAGUUUUUAAAUUUAUUAUUUGAAAUUUUAAAUGCAUCAAGGUUUUGUAAAUGAUCCUUUUAUGAGAGGGGGAGAUCAGUAUGAAUAUACUUUGUACACACAUUUAAUCUUGUAAAAAAAAAAAUAAAGUAAAAAAAAAAAAACUGAAACCGAUAUUGAAGAUUGCUGUUGACUUGUGCGUAAAGUUUAAUGGAAUUAGAUUUUUUUUUUCUUUUCUUUUUUUUACAGAUGCAACCAGCAUUCAGUGUUUUUCGAUUCUUUAGUAUCUCAGUAUUUUCUAGUUGAUCAAUAAAUGUCAUGAAAUGGAAUAGA